AUGCUUGGAAUGAUUCGAGGAGGAAUGGGUGAUCAUAGUUGGGCUCGUUUAGUUUUCUGGUUGAUUCUGAUCUCUGGGUUCUUGGUGCUCACCUUGGAAGAGAGCUCAGAAAAAGAUGAGACUUUUCUUACCCAAUUCGUGGCUCCAUCAACAGGGAAGGUCAAUGCACAAAUGGUAGAAACAUCAUCAUGGGCGCAGCGAUGUUGGCAAGAUUCAGUUUGUGUGAAGGAAGCUGUCUCAGUAUUCAAUUUAUGUUUUCACGGAUCAAAGGAUCAUUUGGAGCUCUUUGGUUUGAAGCAUUCCCAUGUGAAGCAGACUCUUCUUGAUUGUAUCCAAGAACAAGGGAAGUUGAAUGGUCAUAACCUCAAGUCUCUCGAGCUCUUGUCGUCUAUGAUUGAUACUCAGAGGAGAAUUCUAGCUUCUAGACCUGUCACAACUCUUUCUCCUUCCCCUUCCCCUUCCCGUCCUCCUCCUAAGCGCAGUCGGCGCCCACCUGCUCGUAAACGAUCCCCACCUCCUCCGCGGAAUUCGUCUUUUCCACCGUCAAGAUCUCCACCUCCUCGUCCUCCUCCUAAGAAAAAAGGUUCUAAAAACUCAACUUCAGCUGCGAAGAAGAAGAAAGAGGAACAUGAGAAAACAAUCAUCAUGGCGGUUGUUGCGACUGCAGUUUCUACGUUUCUGCUGGCUGCAUUGUUCUUCUUGUGUUGCACCAGGUGUUGUGGAAGAGGUUCAGGAGGCCGGAAAAACGAUGAGCGGCCUCUUCUCAGUUUAAGCAGUAGUGAUUACUCUGUUGGUUCCUCCAUCAACUAUGGUGGUUCUGUCAAAGGAGGAAAGGUGGACCAUCAAUCUUAUAACAUUUACUCAAACCAAGGAAGAAUGUCGUCUUUCGAUGGAAGUAACUCUGACAAUUCGGAUUCGUUAGAGGAAACACACGAAGGAAUGCAUAAUAAUACUAUUAGCAGUCAUGGGAUUCCGCCAUUGAAGCCUCCACCUGGAAGAACAGCUUCUAAACUUUCAGGGAGGCCUCCUUCUGGUAAAGUGGAGCCUCUUCCAAUGGAACCACCCAAAUUUCUUAAGGUGUCUUCAAAGAAAGGUGCUGCUCCUCCACCACCAGUUCCAGUUCCAGCUCCAGCUCCAGCACCAGCACCGCCAAUGCCAUCUUCUGCUGGUCCUCCACGGCCACCUCCUCCAGCUCCUCCUGGCUCUGGUGGGCCCAGGCCACCACCUCCUCCUGGACUAAAAGGACCACGUCCUCCUGGACCACCUCCACCAAUGAGCCGGGGUCCGAAAGCUCCCCAGCCGUCUUCUGGUCCAGCAGAUCCAUCAGAUGAUGAUGCUCCCAAAACAAAGCUGAAGCCGUUUUUCUGGGAUAAAGUGCAAGCAAACCCAGAACAUUCAAUGGUUUGGAAUGAUAUAAGAUCAGGAUCUUUCCAGUUCAAUGAAGAGAUGAUAGAGUCGUUAUUUGGAUAUGCAAAUGCAGACAAGAAUAAAAACGAGAAGAAGGGAUCCUCUGGACAAGCUGCUUUACCUCAGUUUGUUCAGAUUCUUGAACCAAAGAAAGGACAAAAUCUAUCGAUUCUCUUGCGUGCUUUGAAUGCCACAACUGAAGAAGUGUGUGAUGCACUUCGUGAAGGGAAUGAGCUGCCUGUAGAAUUCAUUCAGACUCUGUUAAAGAUGGCACCAACACCGGAAGAAGAACUAAAGCUUAGGUUAUACUGUGGUGAAAUAGCUCAACUGGGAUCAGCUGAACGAUUCCUGAAAGCAGUAGUUGAUAUCCCUUUCGCUUUCAAGCGUCUAGAGGCACUUCUAUUCAUGUGUACACUCCAUGAAGAAAUGGCCUUUGUCAAAGAAUCGUUUCAGACAUUAGAGGUUGCUUGUCAAGAACUUAGAGGAAGUCGGCUGUUCCUGAAGCUCCUAGAGGCAGUUCUCAAGACCGGAAACCGAAUGAAUGAUGGCACAUUUAGGGGUGGUGCUCAAGCUUUCAAGCUGGACACUCUUUUGAAACUAGCAGACGUGAAGGGAACUGAUGGGAAGACAACUCUCCUCCAUUUCGUUGUUCAAGAGAUAAUUAGAACCGAAGGUAUGAGAGCUGCACGUACUAUCAGAGAGAGCCAAAGCUUCUCAAGCGUCAAAACAGAGGAUCUAAUGGCGGAGGAAACCACUGAAGAGAUGGAAGAGAAUUACCGAAACCUCGGACUUACAAAAGUUUCAGGCUUGGGCAGUGAGCUAGAACAUGUGAGGAAAUCUGCAAACAUAGAUGCUGAUAGUUUAACAGGGACGGUUCUUAAAAUGGGCCACUCCUUGUCGAAAGCUCGAGACUUUGUGAACUCGGAGAUGAAGAGUUCAGGGGAGGAGAGUGGGUUCCGUGAAGCCCUUGAAGAUUUCAUUCAAAACGCUGAAGGAAGCAUCAUGUCGAUUCUCGGUGAAGAGAAGAGGAUAAUGGCGCUGGUGAAGAGUACAGGUGACUAUUUCCAUGGGAAAGCAGGGAAAGACGAAGGCUUGCGUCUGUUUGUGAUCGUGCGAGAUUUCUUGAUAAUCUUAGAUAAGUCUUGCAAAGAAGUCAGAGAGGCAAGAGGAAGACCCGUGAGGAUGGCUAGAAAACAAGGCUCAACGGCCUCAGCAGCCUCAGCUUCCUCUGAAACUCCAAGACAGACGCCUUCGUUAGAUCCUAGACAGAAGCUGUUUCCAGCUAUUACAGAGCGACGUGUGGAUCAGUCUAGUUCAGAUUCAGACUAA